CCGCUAGGUAGCACACACUCUCGGAUUCAGUCAGUCUGUAUUCGUUGGCUGGUGCUUGAAUCGAGCUGUCAAGUGCAAUAGAUCUUGGUGUGAUCUCUAGUAAUGUAAUAUCGCCUCGAACUAUUUUUUCUAAAGUUUGGGAAUUCGUGUUGACGGCCCAGAGUCCACGAAUUUCCAGUAUCAACCGGGACGAUAUCUUGCCACCAUAAAAUUUUUCGUAAGAAAUUAACGAUUUUUCUCUCAAUAUGACGGAAACGCACAGUUUCGGCGUUAGCCCCAUAACCUGCCACGCGUGGAACAAGGAUAGAACUCAACUAGCAUUCUCGCCAAACAACAAUGAAGUCCAUAUAUAUCAAAAGUCUUCGAGUGGGUGGAAACUAUUAGAUAUGUUGAAUCAACAUGAUUUACGAGUCAUGGGUAUUGAUUGGGCUCCCAAUACUAAUAGAAUUGUAACUUGUGCAAUGGAUCGGAAUGCAUAUGUUUGGACACAAGGAGAUGAUGGAAAAUGGAAACCCACUUUGGUAUUACUAAGAAUUAAUAGAGCCGCUACAUGUGUCAAGUGGUCACCGCUAGAGAAUAAAUUUGCAGUUGGUUCUGGUGCAAGAUUGAUUUCGGUGUGUUACUUUGAAGGCGAAAAUGAUUGGUGGGUGUCUAAGCAUAUCAAACGACCGUUACGUUCAACUGUUACUGCGUUAGAUUGGCAUCCCAAUAAUUUGCUAUUAGUAGCUGGAUCGGCGGAUUACAAAGUCCGCAUUUUCAGCGCAUAUGUUAAAGAUAUUGAAGAAGCUCCACAACCUGGUCCUUGGGGCACAAAGUCAAGCUUGGGAACCACGUUGGCUGAAUUUCCAAACUCUCCAAACGGAGGUGGAUGGGUUCACUCUGUUGCUUUUAGUCAAUGUGGUAAUAAAGUGUGUUGGACUGCUCACGAUUCGUCCAUUUGUGUUGCUGAUGCCUCUAAAGGCAACACAGUAACACGUUUGCGCACAGAGCACUUACCAUUUCUGAGCUGCAUUUGGGUUGGACCAAAUUCCAUUGUGGCUGCAGGACACAGCUGUUCUCCAAUGCUCUAUGCUUUGGAUGAUAACGGCCAAUUGUAUUUUGCAUCAAAAUUGGACAAUACUCAAAGAAAAGAAGCCGGUGGACUUUCGGCAAUGAGGAAAUUCCAAUCGCUAGACCGUCAAGCGCGCAUUGAAACAACAGAUACUGCCCUAGAAAGCAUUCACCAGAAUGCUAUUACCUGUGUACGGAAAAUAAAGACAGAUAAAUUUAGUACAAGUGGCUUGGAUGGACAAUUAGUCGUCUGGGACCUAAAGUCGCUGGAGAGUUCGAUCGCAGGCCUCAAAAUUGUCUGAGUUAUCAUAACUCUAUGAGCGUGACAAAGUCGAUUUGAUAUCAAAAUUUGGAACAGAAUAUGUUUUAAUUCAAAUUUUUUAAUAGUAUGAUGUUAAUUAUUGAUUUAAUCUUUUACUCAGAAUAUUUUUGUUUUCCUAGCUAAUGAAUUAUUAAACAGAUGUUUACGCUCA